UAUAUUUAAUUUGCCAUUUGAUAAAUAAUCCGAAUAAACACAAUGAAUGAUGAAAAAUUAAUAGAAGAAGUGCGGGCGCGUGAAAUUUUAUAUAACAAGGCCUGCGUAGGCUACCGAGUGCCGAGCCGGAAGAGGGACGCGUGGGUAAGCGUGGCGAAGGAGCUAGGUGCUACUGAAGAGCAGUGCUCGAAGAGGUGGCUGACUCUAAGGGAAAGAUUCAGUAGGGUGGUAAGGAAAAUGGAGGCACCAUCAGGAAGUGGGGCGAGUAACGCCGAAACCUGGCCGUUGUUCGAUAAUAUGAGCUUUUUAAAACUAUAUAUACGGCCCAGACCAAAUCGUUGCACCACAAACAUUUUAGAUGAUAUGUUUUCGCAGGAGCUGUUGGAGCCAAUUAGUUUUGAAUGUUCUCAGACUAAUUUAUCGUCGCCUUCGGAGUUGUCGUUUUCAACUCCGAUCCGGAAAAGAGUAAAGAAAACAAACAGCGAUGACGACGGCUGCUUCCGGAGAUAUAAUUUAUUCCCGAACGGACAGACGGAAUAAAAGUGCCAAUAAAUAUAAUAAAAAUUGUACAUACUGUAAAAGAAGAUCGCGGUGCAACCAUUCUAACUGAGAGAGGAAAAAUUAUCCAUAAGGACAGCAUUCGAAGACAGGCUACAGCAUGUACAGCGGUAUUGUAAUAUUAUUUACAAUUUACUCCUCUUUUGCAGAUUUAGUGACUGACCUCAGUAAUAGAAAAUUUGUUUUGACUGAGACAGACAUAGUGUAUUUAUUUGAAGACACACAAUUUUUGUACCAUGUAGCCAAUUUAACGACUAUACUUACACCGUACGAAAAUAUAAUGAGAAACAGGUAUAAUGCAAAUCCGAAUGAAGAAGAGGCUAUUCUUGUCAGUAAAAUAGAGGCUUUAAAAUCACAAUUAAUACACACAAACUAUAGGUCACGACGUUCAUUCCGCCGAAUAUGUCAUGAUUUUAAUUCUCAUUCCAGCACAUUUGAUCCAUCUGACUUAACCUUUAGCAUCAAAAAAACUAUUUUGUCUUUUCUUAAUAAGUAAUAUUCAGCAAUUUUUAACUUUUUGU